AUGCCAAAAAGACAGGACCGGCUUCGCAUUUGCACCAUGAAUGUCCGUUCCAUUGCCACCGCGGCAAGACUUGCCGACUUCGAAGCCGCGGUCGAGAAUGUCAAGUUCGAUGUCAUUGGAGUCUCGGAGACACGAAUGGCUGGCAAAGGAAGAAUAGACCUCUCAAGUGGGUACUCUUUAUAUCAUAGUGGUACUGAGGAACGAACCAAAAGAGGUGUAGGAUUUUAUGUACCGUCAUCGUUGAAUCAACACAGCGAUUGUUUCUUUCAUUCUGAACGAAUGAUUGAGCUUUGCAUAAAACUAGCCGAUAGGAGCACUCUCCGUAUAAUACAAGUUCACGCGCCCCAUUCAGAUUUUCAAGAUGUGGAAUACGAGGCGUUCUUAGACAAUCUUGCUCAUGUUCUCGAUGCCAGGAGAAGUAAGCACCAAGUGAUUCUGGGCGAUUUCAACGCAACUCCUGGUUUACGCCGUAAUGAAGAGCGAUACAUUGGUAACAAUUCCUCAGGAGCUCGAAAUCACCGUGGACAAAUGUUGGCCGACUUUUGUGAGGAAAGAAAGCUAUUUCUUGCUAACUCGUUCUUCAAAAAGAGACUUGACGAUCGGUGGACAUGGCGAAAUGAUGCCUUGGGACUGAAGAAAGAGAUUGAUUAUGUAUUGUUGAGAAGUAUGAAGGGCGUUGUCGAUGUAGGAGUGCUCACUAGUGUUAACACGGGGAGUGAUCACCGCAUGUUAAGAUGUAAAAUACGUCUGAAUCCGAUCUCACAACCAGUAAGAAGACCAAGAGGAUUCCCCGUUAUCGACAGCGACUUAUUGUGUUCAACCGCUCAAUGUUUACUACAUGAAAAUAUGAUGACUGGCGAUACAAUCAAAGAUUAUGAUACCAUUACUCGCGUCAUAACAACAGCUACUCAGAUGUCCACAAGGUAUGAAUAUCUCCCACCACGUCUAUCACCAAGGACCCGGGAUCUCCUCCAGAGACGACGAGAGCUACGUCACGGAGAUAAUGGGAGGGGAAUCGUGGAGUAUGCUGAGAUUUGCAAGCUAGCCCGAAAAUCUAUCCAAGAAGAUUUGCGACAACGUCAUCCUACUAAUAUAAUCGGCUAU